GAAUGAGUGGUUACGACAAGGAGACGAAGGAGGAGAAGAAGAAGCAGAAGAGAGGGCACGCAGUGUGUCUCCCAAGCCCAGCUCAGAGCCACAUCGGCGCGAUGCUGAAGCUAGCCAAGCUCCUCCACCAACGUGCAGGCUUUCGCAUCACCUUCGUCAACACCGAGUUCAACCAUGCACGCUUCCUCAGCUCUCACCCUUCUUUCUUCUCCACCAGUCUUGAUGAUUUCCAAUUCGUCACCAUCCCAGAUGGCCUCCCGCCUCCCUUCGAUCCAGAUGCGGACCGGGACGUGCCCGACCUCUGUGAAGCCACUCGGACCUUCAUGCCUCUUCCCUUCUCUCGCCUCGUCGCCGCUUUCCUCGAAACAUCAUCGGAUGAGCCUGGAGGCAUUUCUUGCAUCCUCUGCGACGGUUUCAUGUCGUUCGCUGCCACUCCUGCGGCUCGGCAGUUUAACGUCCCUCUCCUCUUCUUCUGGCCCGUCUCUGCCUCUUCAUUCCUGGCUCCCAAACAUUACCGCGCCAUCAAGGACAAGCUGCGUCCUCUUGCACCCCAUAAAGAUGCCAGCUCUUCUGAAGCAAAUACUUUCUUGGAUACGGUCAUUGACUGGGUUCCGGGCAUGAAGGGCAUGAGGGUGCGUGAUCUCCCAAACUCGGCUAGCCAUUUCAAGUACGCGAAACACGGGGUUGGCGCUCCGGACCAGGACAAACUCACAUACAGCUACAGCUGGAUCGAGGGCGACGCCCCGAUGAACAUAUUCGAGAAGAUCUCGUAUGACAUCAAGAUCGAGGCCAACCCCGAGGGAGGGUCCAUAUGCAAGAACAGAAGCAAGUACUACGCCACUGGUAACAUUCAGUUCACCGAGGAGCAAAUCAACGAAGGCAAGGAGAAGGUCUUCGGCUUGUUCAACGCUCUUGAGGGUUAUCUCUAG